AUGGACGUCAACAGCAAUACCCGAGGCCACGCCACCAGCAGGCCCAAACAUAUUUCUAGGCUUAGAAAAGAAAUGCUCCAACAUCGUAUGCACCAAAAUCCCUUCAGCUCGCCCCCCUCGUCAACAGGUUCCCACGAUACCGUCAGCACCACCACCGAAGAACUCUCGCAAAAUCUCUCCGACUUUUCCUUCAGCCCGGACGGUGAAAGCACGCGCCGUUUCGGCGAAGACACGCAGAACCCAUCGAAGAGGCACGCCUCACGGUCGGGACGCUUCGGGUAUCAACCGAUGGACACGGUCCUUAACACCUCCGCCAUUGCCCGUACCUUUCCCGAGUGGACGGGUCUAUUGACCAAGGAUAACUUGAACUUCACCGAGACUCAGGACAUGGCACCAGUACGGUCUGUCAGUGCCUUGACAGGCGGAAAAGAGAACAUGCCGCCUGCUCAGCAACACAGGGGUGAGAACACAUUUGACGAUAUGGCCGAGAUGAAGAGGAAACGUUUUCGUUCCGAUUUGCAGGCGCGAGUUGAGAACGAGUCGGAUUGCUCGACCGUCCUGUCUCUUUCCCCGGCCCGGCCCAUGUCGGCCUCACGCCGUUCUCGCUUUGCCUCCACCGAGGCAGAUGUCGCAAUGACGCCCGAGCCUGCCAAGCGCUCUCUCCAGGAUAUGGUUUCCAAGAUUCGGACAGAAAAGCAAACCACGAAACAUGACACAACCCCGAAAGGCUCGCCACUGGCCCGUGUUGUCCACGAAACUCCCGCCCCGACUCUUGGCCUCGACAAUAGCCUGAUCAGCCCGAACACCAAAUCUUUCUUCUUGCCGUCUUUCCGACAUCUCCCAGACUGGACUUCCGGUACUCUCAAGUUUAGCGCAAUGAAGAACGGCGUCCCCGUCUUUGUGAAAUCAGAUAAAUCUGGUGUCCGUCUUGACGCCUAUGGAAGAAACCAUGACGAAAUCCGCACCGUUGGGAUUAGCAAGGAGGAUGAGGAAAUCUUCGUUUCCAUGGAUAAGCUCCAGGAGGAAGUCCGCGAACUCAGCGACCACGACGCGAUGCUCCAGCGGGAGGCCGAGAAGCUACAGCGCGAGGUAAAUCUGCUGCAGGCCGAACUUAAGAGGCACAAGGCUCGAAAGCUCUCGGAUAGUGCCCUUGGUUCCGAAUCCGACGGCUCAUUUAGGCGCAGCGCUGGCUAUCAGAACGAUCUGGAGUUUGAAGUCGCACAGCUCCGGGACCGUCUUGACAACCGACAGGUCGGUGUCAACGACAUUCAUGGCGCUGCCCUGGCUGCGGAGCGCGAUGAGGCCCUACACCAAGCUUCCCUUGCCCGUGAGCGUGCCACCAAGCUCCAGGCGGAACUGGAAACUACCCAGAGGGACCUCGAAUCAUCCCUUCACCUGCUCCAAGAGAAGGAGGAGUUACAGCUCGAAAACGAGAACUUGUUGGCGGAGAAUCAAACACUCAAGAGCCAGCGCGAUUCAGCCCUGCAAAACAACAAGACUCUUACCGCGGAAAAUGACAAACUGCGCCGAGAGCUUGGCGGAGUUCAGAAGGACAUCCGCACAACUCGUGAGGAGCUUGCUUCGGUUCGUCAGCAGUACGAGGCUUUGCAAGAGGAGAAGCGGGACAUUGCGCAGGACCACGCUAGCAUGGAACGCAACAAUGACAAUUACUACAAGGAGAACAAGCAGCUUCAGGCCCAGGUUGCGGCUCGGGAUCAACACAUUGCCGAUCUCCAGAAAGGGAUCACUUCUCGCGACAAGAUGCUCGACAACAUUCAGGGUCUAACUACCAACACGGCUGUGCUUGAACUCAACGUCGAGUUGCAGGCUGAGGCUGAGCGACUCCAAGCGAAGGUGGAAGAGCAAGCGGCUGAGUUGCAACACAAGGGCGAUGAGGCCGCUUCUAGGAACACCCGCAUCCGGUCUCUCAAGGAGGAAAAUCUGGACCUCUCCAUCGAGAACGAGCGGCUCCGGGAGGAGAACACCCGUCUCCGCUCUGAGCACGGGGAUGAGAGGCAGAAAACGGCUCGCCGUAGCGGCCCAGUUCUAAAGAACGUCUCCGAAGGCGAUGCCGAUGAUUGCAUUCGCUUUGAUGAUGAUUUCAAGCAGAGAGAGUUGGCCCUCCAGAAGAAGCUGGAGCGCCGUGAAGCCGCGGUCCAAAAGGUCAAGCGCCUCUCGAGCAAGAUCAGCGAGAUUGCUGAACAGGAGUUCACCAAGCGGUUGACCAAGGUCACUCGCAUCGUCGAGCCAAGAGACAUGCCGGCCACCAUUGACGAGACGACCGGCAACGUCGAUGACGACCCGACGAGGGAGCUCCAUUUCACGGAGGAGGACUCUGAUUUUGCCAGUGUCAUGGAGGGCGAAAUUGUCAAACUGAGGCACGCCUAUCAAGAUCUUCAGAAGCGAGUGCAGCAGGACCUCGAGAUCACAGAUCAUUCGCUUCCUUCGCUCGGCCCAGGGCUUCACAGGAGCAAAUCCGACAGCGGUGUCACGCCGAAGACUACCCAGCAGAAGCCUCAGCUUCCCGGCAUUCUCAAGAAGUCGAGUCAAUUUGAGGACACCGGCCGGUUGAGUGUCAAGUCAGGGUUCAGCAUGGCCAGUGAACAGUACACCGAGGACGAGGCUCUCGACACAGCCCACACCCGUCGGUCCUCUGUCGGCAAUACCCGAGACAUUACUCGCCCAGAGUCCCGCCUUCGCCGCAACUCGGGAGCGGGUCGUGAUGCCACGGAGCCUAGUAUAACCUCUGCAUUCUUCAUGCCUGACAUAACACUGGACGGCCAGAAGCAGGGUACUGCCAAGGAUGUGAGUCAACAACAACCACCUCUCCCCUCUCUCAGCAAGGAUGCACGCCGCGUGUUGGACGGCAUCUGCUCGCACAACUCAACCAACUGCAACAUCUGCGUGCGGAUUGCCGCCCACGGGGGCGAAAAAUCUAGCUCCGCCACCACCAACGCUGCCUCGUCCAGCGCCAACAAGAUUCUCAUCACCGCCGAAGACGUCCGCCGCGGCAAGAAGGUCGUUUCCGCGGAAAAGCCGGUCCCCGUAUCCGACCGCACCGCUGCCGAGCAUCAACAGCAACAGCAACAACAACAACACCCAGACGACCCCACCGUCCGUCCCUCCAUGGCCCCCGGCGAGGCUCUCGCCGUGCUUAUCAAGGAGACCCAAGACGAGAUCGACCACCUGCAGAUCGAGCUGAAGCAACUCAACGAAGUCUACUUUGCACUAGACAAGUCCCUCGGCAUGCGCGAGCGCCGCCGCGUCAUGGGCGACAUCAAGCGCCUGCAGGGCGAGCUCGAGGCCAAAAGUGGGCACCUGUACCGUCUGCACGACGUACUUGAGGGCCAGAAGCAGGCGGGCCAGCUGAUGGUUGGGGACGGGGUCGAUAUUACGGUGUUGAGUGGGCUAUUGAGGGCGGAGAUUACGACGGAGAACAGGGGGGAAGGGGCGUGGGAAGGCUUUGAGGAGUGA